ACCACCGAUUCAAAGUUCAACGUGUAAACACCUGCAGAGAAGAUGACUAAAACAGGAGCAUCAUGUUUCUGAAAGCAUAUUCCUGCAGAGCCUUGGCUUCGUUUCCUCGCCGGAAGCCGCUCAGUGCGCAAUAUGCGGCUCUUGGACUUCCCAAGCGGAGCUACUAUAACGCCGGGAGACCUGGGAGUCCCGGACCCGGCCAGGCGGCUCACGUCCGGGUGGUGGAUCUCCGCAGCGACACGGUGACCAAGCCGGGGCCGGCGAUGCGCCAGGCCAUGGCGCAGGCUGAGGUCGGAGACGAUGUGAUGGGGGAGGAUCCGACAGUGAACGAGUUGCAGAAACUUGCAGCAGAAAUGUUUGGGAUGGAGGCCUCCCUGUUCGUCCCCUCGGGAACCAUGAGUAAUCUCAUCGCAGUGAUGGUGCACUGCAGGGAGCGCGGCGACGAGAUGAUUGUGGGAGACCUCUCCCACCUGCACAUCUACGAGCAAGGAGGAAGCGCUCAGCUGGCCGGCGUCCACGCCACCACGGUGACCACUCGUCCUGAUGGGACAUUUGACUUGCAGCAGCUGGAGUCCAAGAUUCGGCACGGUUACCCCGACCCCCAUUACCCACGCACACGCCUCGUAUGUGUGGAGAACACGCACAACAUCCAGGGAGGACGAGUGCUGCCUCUGCCCUUCCUGCAGGAGGCUCGUGCUUUAGCAGAUCACUACGGCUUGUCGGUUCACAUGGAUGGAGCGAGGGUGAUGAACGCCGCCGUGGCCCUCGGCGUGCCUCCAUCCUCCAUACUGCAGCACACACACACAGUCAGCGUCUGCCUCUCCAAGGGUUUGGGCUCGCCGGUGGGCACCGUGCUGGCCGGACCUCGGGACUUCAUAUCCAAAGCGGUACGCUGCCGCAAAGCCUUAGGUGGGGGGAUGCGACAGGCCGGUGUCCUUGCAGCAGCUGGAAAACUGUCUUUGUUGGAGAUGGUAGGACGGCUUGAGGAAGAUCACCACAAUGCCAAAACCUUUGCUCUGGCCCUGCUCGACUGCCAGCCCUCCCUGUUUGACGUGGACAUGUCGGCUGUGGAGACCAACAUCCUGCGUUUCAGAAUGAAGGAUCCUGCCUUGAGUCCCCAGGAGGUCUGUGCCCGCAUGGGUCAGGUCGGGGAGGGGGAAGAGGCAGCUCUGGGGCAGGGAGUCCGGGUUCUCAUGUACCCUCAUUAUGAGAACUCCAUCAGGGCAGUGUGGCAUCUUGGGAUAUCCCCUGAAGACACCCAGCUGGCUAUCAAGAAAAUGCAGUUUGUGGCUGGUCAGCACUUGAACAAUAGAACCUGAGUGUCUGAAUAAUAUUACUAAUCAUAUAAUAUUAAAGCAGUAAACUUG